AGCGGAAGCGGUCUGUGGACUUCUUCGUCCUCUAAUGUCAACGCCCAACCCCGCGCGAAGCGUCCAAGCUGAUCGCGCAACGGAUCUCGCAGCUGGAACUCGAUGCUGCGGGCGAGAAGGAUCAGGAGGCUGAAAUAGGUGGGUUGCAGAGCGCGAGGUUAGGAAGGCGAACCGGGAGCUGCACAGCCAGACGUCCAAGAUGAGCGACAUCCAAAAGAUCGAGCACCUAACAAAGCGCUGUUCCGACCUCUUGUCCGAGAUGAAACGGCACGAGCGGGAAAGUAUCAAGCACAAGAAGCGCGGCGACCAGUUACAGAAGGACAAAGACAACAGCAGGAACGAGCUCAACAAAACCGUGUCCUUGAAGGAGAAGUUGGAAAAGCUCUGCCGGGAGCUCCAGAAGGAGAACAACAAGUUGAAGAACGAGAACAAGACGCUGUCCGACACGCAGGUUAGAAGCCAGAACACCUGGGACGAGAGGUACUCGGGCCUUCUCAGGCGGAUGGACGAAUACCAGGAAGAAAAGGACAAUCCGCGCAAGCAGGUGGUCGACAUGGAGGUCGAGGAGUUGUUCUGCCAACGCUUCAAGUCAUUCAUCGACCAGUACGAGCUGCGGGAGCUGCAUUUCCACUCGCAGAUGCGCACCAAAGAACUCGAGGUGCAGUACCACAUGGCCAGGUACGAGCGUGAGAAGAAGAACUACGAGGCGGAGCUGGCGCGGUCGAGGCAGCUCAACGCGCAGGUGCAGACCUUCACCAAGACGGAGGCGGAACUGCGACACCAGCUCAACGUCUACGUGGACAAGUUCAAACAGGUGGAGGACACGCUCAAUAAUAGUAACGACCUGUUCACGACGUUCCGGAAGGAGAUGGAGGACAUGUCCAAGAAGACGAAGCGGCUGGAGCGCGAGAACGAGAUCCUCAAGCGCAAGCACGACCAGGUGAACGGCAACAUCAUCAAGAUGGCGGAAGAGCGCAACAAGAACCUGAGCGAGAUCGACGAGCUGCGCAAGAAGCUGGAGAAGCUAAACGGCAUCAUCAAGCAGAUGCAGCAGCAGGGCCGGGGCAUCCCGCAGGGGCUGACGGGCACGGUCGACCACGAGUACGCCGAGGGCGAGCUGGACGGCGACGAGAGCGAGUACGAGGACGACGAGUACGACGAAGGCGAGGACGAGGAGGAGGUCAGCGACGAGGGCGACGAGUACGACGACGAGACCGAGGACGAGCUCCACCAGCAGCAACAGCAACAGCCGCAGAUGUACGGCCCCGAGCGCCCGCCUCCCGCGCCGGCCGCCGCAGCGGCAACAGCAACAACGAACGGUCACCGCUAGAUUCGGUGGAGGGAGCCGGGGCUUCUACAACUGGGCCGUUGUCACCUGGGUGGAGCAUUACUCGACACGCACGCAACGCUCACUCUCAGGCGCUCGCGAUCCUCGCCGCCCGAGCUAGGCCGUUGAUGCUCUCACGUGAGCGGCCGUGAUGGACCCUUAGAAUCAUCAGCAGGCAUCCUUGUUAGUCCACAGCGUGAUGCAGUAUGCUUGUCACCAAAAGCGCUCGUCUCGGAUAGACCCCUAGUCACCCUGCUGUGUAAAAGCAUAUCCGUAGUUAUUGCUGUGCUCUCCAGAGUCAACGGCCGUCAGAUAAAGCUGCAUUUCGCACUUCUCCUUGGGUCAGGGGCGCUCCAGAGAGCCCCUGGCGGGCAGCCUAUGAGUGGGCUGGUUCUGAUGAUUCGGUGUCCGGCUUCUGAUGACCUCCGCUGGCUGAGAGGACAUCCCGUGGUCUCGUGUGUGUGCAAUUAACGGGACCAGGCAUGGCGGCCCGUUCCUAGAUUGUGUCAGGACGGAGUGAAUUCUCCGUCGGUAGUGUACCUAGUGUAACUGAGAGUGGGGCCAAGCUCGUGCAGGAGCAGGAGGAACUGCCCCUCCAAAGUUAUGCAUCAAUCCGUCAUUAUCCAUUCAUCCCGCAGC